AUGUCAUCAACUCAUUCAAGAAGAAUAAAAUUUGUAUCGAUAUCAGUACCUAUAUUAUAUGGGAAUCAUGCUAUUAAAUUAACUCCCGAAAAACGGAAACCAACAACACCACCAGAACAUACACAUGAAUGGACGGUUUUUUUCAAACCAGUAUUGGGAGAUAUUGAUUUAACACCAUUAAUUAAAAAAGUGACAUUUAAAUUACAUGAAACUUAUGAAAAUCCAGUUAGAACUUUGGAAUCACCACCUUAUCAAGUCACAGAAACUGGAUGGGGGGAAUUUGAAAUCAUUAUAAAAUUACAUUUUCAACCUGGAGUUGAAUUAGGUAUAAAUGAAAAAAAUUUUCAAAUAUUUCAUGCUUUAAAAUUGCAUCCUUAUAAUCCGCAAGCACCACAAGCUCAACAACCACAAGUUCAACAAUCACAAGCUCAACCACCGCAACAACAAUUUGGUGGUGAGGGUGGAAGUGUUGGAACUGUAAUUAGAGAAAGAGAAAAUGGAGAAGUUCAUCUGGUAUUAUAUGAUGAAUUAGUAUUUAAUGAACCAACUGAAAAAACAUUUGAAAUAUUAACUUCAAAACCAGUCAAUUUAAUUCCUUAUAAAUUACUGAAUUUAGAUAAACGAGAUCAAGAAUAUAUUCGACCCGAUGAAAUUGAUGAAUUAAAUAGAAUGGAUAUUUAUAUUGACAAAGUGAAACAAGAAAUUGAAAAUCAACGAAAUCAAUAUAAAUUACUCGAACAAGAAAAAUUAGCCCUCCUACAAUAA